CGGCCCCGUCCUGGCCGGGACCGCCCGAGCGCACGGCGGCCGCGGCUGAGGCCGCCCCGUGGCCGGGCCCGGCAGUGGCGCAGCCCCGCGCGGCCGUGGCCCGGCGGGACGGGGGGAACCGGACUCGGUGGUUCUCGGGACGGGAACGCGGCCGCGCUGGGGGCGGCGAGCGGGCCCGGAGCGGCGGAGCCGCGGGCGGGGGUCGCUGCCGGUCCCGUCCCCGACCGGAUCCGGGGGGAGCGGGGCCGCCGUGCCGGCCCGCCCCAGCUGUGGCGGGGCGGAAGAGCGAUCCGCGUCCGCGAAAGCGGCGGCCCUGGGAGAUGUGCGGAACAGCGGAGGCUGCGGUGCGGGGAGGGAGCGGCCUGUGCGUGCCCGGGCUGAGCCCCGUCCAGCCCCGGCGCGACCGUGGGCAGGGCAGCUGUGCUCACAAGGGGAUUGCCCGGCCGGGGUCUGCAGGCGUUUGCCCAGACCUCGCUCCGGUGUCCUGCGGCUGGAGGGAAAGGCGAUGCCCAGCCCUGGAGCGGCUUGGGCGCCGCUGCUCCUUGCGCGUCCUCCCUGUGCUGGCCUGGGAGUAAGGGGAGUCCCUCCGGCCCUUCCUUCCUUGGGUUUCAAGAAAAAGAAGUUCCCAGGACCUGGGAAGGAGCUUCUCGCUUGUCAGCCUCAGGCACCUGCUGAGGGAUGCGAUCCAUUUCAGGCAGGGACACGAGCCAUCAAAAGUACAGAGCUAUUCUGAAGAAGGAGAAGAGGAAAAAAAAGCGGCAGGCACUUGCCAAACUAAGGGACUCAGAAGCUGCAGAAAAAGAUGAAUCUGUGUCUGAGGAGGAAGAGGAGGAAGUAGAAGAAGAAGAGGAAGAAGAGGAAGAAAAAAAACUUGAGGCAGAAAGACAAAAACUACAUGAGCAGUGGUUGCUGAGAGAAGAGAAGGCCCAAGAAGAGUUCAAGCUAAAGAAAGAAAAAGAAGAGGCUGCAAGAAAGCGUCAAGAGGAAGAAGAGAGGAAAAUCAAAGAAGAAUGGGAAGAGCAGCAAAGAAAAGAGAGAGAAGUGGCACAGCAGAAGCAACAGGAGAAGAGAGAGAGAGAGGCAGCUGUGCAGAGGAUGCUGGAUCAAGCUGAAAGCCAGCUGGAGAAUGGUGUGAGUUGGCAUAACCCAGAGCCCCCAGAGAAUCUGGGAACAGAGAAGGAUAGAGCAAAUUGCCCAUUUUAUAUUAAAACAGGUUCCUGCCGAUUUGGAGACAGGUGUUCUCGCAAGCACAACUACCCCACGUCGAGCAAGACGCUGCUGGUGCGAGGGAUGUUCAUCACCUUUGGCAUGGAGCAGUGCCGCAGAGACGACUAUGACACGGAUGCCAGUCUGGAGUACAGUGAUGAGGAGACCUACCAGCAGUUCCUGGAGUUCUAUGAGGAUGUGCUCCCUGAAUUUCAGAAUGUGGGGAAGGUGGUUCAAUUCAAGGUCAGUUGCAACUAUGAGCCCCACCUGCGAGGAAAUGUGUACGUCCAGUACCAGUCGGAGAAGGACUGUCAGGCAGCUCUGGCUCUGUUCAGUGGACGAUGGUAUGCAGGCAGGCAGCUUCAUUGUGAAUUCUGUCCUGUGACGAGGUGGAAAACUGCCAUAUGUGGUUUAUUUGAAAGGCAGAAGUGUCCAAGAGGGAAACACUGCAACUUUCUUCACGUAUUCAAAAAUCCAAACAACGAGUUUUGGGAGGCCAAUAGAGACAUACGUAUUUCUCCUGAACGGACUCAUCAAUCGUCUAAAAACUCUGAGAGGAGAAACCGAUCGAGCCAUCGUGACGACUAUUACAGCCGCUCCAGGAGGAGGAGCAGCCCCAGCCCGGACCAUUCCCACCGCAGAAACGGAGAAUCGGAGAGGAAAAAGAGUCGCCGCAAAAGUAAGAGGCGGCGCCACUCGGGGAGGUCCCGGAGCCGAGAGAGGAGGAGGUCCCAUAGCAGGGGCAGGAAGAGGAGAGGCCGCAGCCGCAGCCGCAGCAGGAGUCACAGUCGGACACGCAGCAGGAGCAGGAGCUCCUCUCGAUCCAGGAGCAGGGGUAAAAAGAGAUCAAGCAGCAGAGGAAAAAAUAGUGAAACUCCCAAAACAAAGUGAGAAUUACUUUCAGAAAUCACUAAUUGAUAAAAAUAGAGCUGAAAAAGAAAUCUUCCCAAUAGGGUACCAGAUAUAUAUGAAUUUCAAAUAAAAGUGUUCUUGCACAUUAAAAUGUUUCUUCCUAAUAAAGGAACGUAGUUUACUGUGUGCGAAGCUUGAGAAAAUUUAAAGUUUUCAGUCAUAUAGAAGGUGUGAAUGUCAAGUACUCUAGCUACUCUGUCCCUCUGAACAGCUGCCAUACCUGGAUGCACACUGAGUACAAAUAGAGAAGUGAAGCCUCUUUGGUAUAUGCUUAUUUCUGUUAUGUGUAUGUUAAGUGUUUACUGUUCCUGUAAGGAGUUAGUACAGAACAGCCAGUGUGCAGUAAAUUCACACCCCAGCACACUGCAGAUCCAGGUCUGUGUAGAUGACUGCCAUUUGUAUUUUUCAUCUGUUUAUUGGAAAUUACUUUCUAGACAAAGAAAAUAUAACUGUUUUAUGAAUUGGAGAAAAGGGAUCUCAAAGACAUCAGUGUUUGAUUGUACAAUACUUGCCCCGUAGGAGCUUUUUGGUCACGAGUGUUGGAUUUUUCUCGGCCCUGACUGAGCUGCUGAGCUGAUGGCUUGUAGGGAUUGCAGUAGACUAAAACCAAGCAGAAAGUACACAGAGAAACAAUCAGUUUAUUCAGUUCCUUAAUCCCCAAGUGAGACUGGAGACCAUGCAACUGUAAUCCUUGAGUGAGGUCAGAACUGCUUUGCAUACCUCUUGGUUGCACACCAUUUGUAGGUGAAAAGGACCUGCCUGACUUGUGCUGGAGGGGUGGAAAGUGUCCAUCGGGGAACCAAAGAUGUGAUUGUGGAGGCUCAGUCAAGAUGGCUGCAGAGUGGCUGAAGAAACUGAAGGGUUUAUACAUGAAAGACUAUUUCAUGGUUUUGGGAGAGGAGGACUUGACUUAGAGCCUUUUGAGGUUUAUUUUAGAAAUAGUUUAAGGCACCCUACUGCCUUGCUUUCCUACAGCCAAGGUGAAGAGUAGGGUACAUAAAAAUGAAAUAAUUGCAACAAAACCUCCUUGAAAUGACAGCUAUAUUAGCGAAGUACCUGCAGUUAGAUAAAUCCUUACCAAUAUUUUUUCACUUUUAUUUAAAAGAUUUGUGCUGUUAGAUGUACUGUAUUUCACAUGGUUUAUCUUCAGGUUUUAACUUGGGCACCUCAGUGUCCUCAGAUGCUUAGAGAGAGCUUGUAGCACCAAAGGUGCAGGUGCCCUAAUGGUCUCUAGAGAUACCUCCCUGUCUUUAGCCUCUCCAAAGAACUGGGCCUCUGCCUUCAGAGAGCCAAUCAAUCCCAAGUGUUAGGAGCCUAAAGCAGGCAUGAAGUGCUCCCAAAUAGGAAUUCAUUACAACUCCCAGCAAUGUAACAUAAAUUCCCUUAGAAAAUCUAUGUAUCUGAACUUUACAAACAGCAUUCCUCACAGCAAGAAUGCUUUUCCCCAGGAUAGUUAAGAUCAAGUGAACAUUGCUUCUGGAUAUGAUAUAUAUAUUUUUGCUUUUCUAAAUGCAUAGUGCACCUAGCAUGCUGAUUAUAUAUUUUUCCUUCUUUCUUCAUGUGUAACUUGUCCAAUAUGGAGUAAUACAACAAAAGUGAUGUUCAGUUCAAACCCAACUUCCAUGAUAUAUUGUCAUAACUGUAGGCAGAGCUGUAGCUUAGUUAAUUUGAUUAAAUGUUUUAGUUAUUAACAGAUGUAGGAAUUGUAAUUAAUUAGCAUAACUUUUGAAAUAAUAACUUUUUUAAAAGGCAUAUUUCAAAGGACAGACAGCACGAAGUUUUUAAUUCCAUUUGAAAAAUUUGUUACUGCCAGUUUCUUAUAAUGUACCUUUUUCUCACCACGCCUUAGAGACAAAUCUUCCCUGAGGUUUCUAUUUUUAUAGAUGCUCAAUUGUCUCGCUGGGUCACUUGCACUGCAUGUGGCAAACUCUGGUUCAGUUGGCCACCACAGGCUGGUUCCAUCCUCCAUUCCCUGGGCUGCCCUGCUUCCCAGAGCUCUCAGGUGGGAGAGCUGGCUUGUGCCCCUGCUGUGCACCCCGUGUCACAUGGACAGAUGUCACGGAGCAUUAGCGCAGCAAAAUCAGCUGUCCAGCUCAAGGAAAUGUGGAGUGGGUGGUGGGAACCUGUGACCAGUCAGGUGAAAUAAGCAACCAGGCCUCCAAGGGAUUAGAAACUAAGUGCCCACUAACAACCAUGUGAGAAUUCCACAGGUGAUUAGGCUCCUUGUCCCCACAGUUCUGCAACAGGAUUUCAGAAGCUAAGUCGCUGUAUUUAAAAAAAAGCAAAAAAAACCAAACUUGCUCAGAAAUGCAUGUAAAGAUUUAAAUAUACUUUAUUUCUGCUACUACAAUGGCUGAAGCUUCAGCUUGUUUUUCUUGAGGUCUGGACCCAAAUGUGCUGGCUGUAUCUGUACAGUGUAGGACUGGUAGCUGUGAUUGCCCUCCACUUUCACACACUGUCUGUUUAUUACACAGAAUUUGAGUGCUGUAGAUCUGACAUUUAGCUUGCAUUUGUUAGCAUGAAACCUGGGAUUCCACCAGUUUUCUACCUUUGGAGUUCGUAUUUUUCAGUAUUGUUUCUCUGCUUCAUAAUCUUAAGUAGUGUUAUAUGCAUGGUUUUGUGUUUCCUUAUUAUUUGAGUGAGCUAUUUUAUUCUGGAGAGACAAACAGACUAGAAGUUUUUUAAUGUUAAGCUUAAUUAUUUUCUUUCCCAAAGGGAAAAAGCCCCAGAAGAACAUGGAAAGGAUUUAAAUUUGUAAGGAACAGCCUAUUCCCAUUGCGUGUUAUUCCACAUAUUUCACAGGAAAGAACCUUAUAAAGUGAAUUAAUAGGGGCCGAGUUUUGUUUUGUCUUCAACGACUAUUUAAAAGUAGCAGUAUUUCAAAAUACUUUUUUUCAGUUGUGAAUUCUGCAGGGAUCACGGAGGUGCUUUGGAGUAAUUCUGGCAUUUACACAGAGGCUCAGGGUGGCAGUGCCAGGGCCUGGCAGAUGCCCUGCUUCAGUCAGGACGGGGAGCAGGUGCUGCCCUGCCCUUCAGGGGAGGAGGAACAGCCCAGGCAGGCAGCAGCGCUGCCUUGUUCAGCAGCACAGGGGGAACAGCCCCUGUAGGCAUGGGCACUGUUGCUGCCCAGCAGAAUUAAAGCAUCAGGGAACUGGGCUUGUCCCCUCGCAGCAGAGAGCCUUCCCUCCAACUGUAGCUGGUGGCCCCUUCUGUGGGAUUGCAUUCCCUGUCUGCCUGUCCAGAAUAGCAAACCCCCGUCAGGGCUGGCACGUGUCCGUGUGUUGACUGCAAGGCAUUUCUUGUGGACACCCAACAAGGCCUUCCCUCUCUGGCCCCAGCCCUUGUGUAUAGGGCACAUUGUCCAAAAUGUAUCCCAAAUGACUCCUCUCCCACUUUUAUGCCGUGUGAUGGCAGCAUGGCCGUUUUGCAUCCAGUUUUGCAUUAGCACGUUCAGUGUACUGAAACUGCCCUCCAGUUUACCAGUGACAUUCCUGUGCCCUAAAUAACUUGGGGUUUUUUCUAAAGAUAUGCAAGAGCCUGCUAAAAGAUGCUAUUGCUUCCUGUCCUGGAUCAGCACUUCUUACAAAACAUGAAAGAUGGAAGUUUAUGAUAGUUAAUAACCUAAAAGCUUAAUUUACUUUCUUACAUCAUCCAAAGAGUGCAGCUCAUUUUGCUUUCACUGUAAGCUUGUAAUUAAAAUGAACCCCAUUUAUUCCACAUACACUCCUGCUCAGCAGUGAUGUGAACUGAGUAUCUAUGGCUGAAAACCAAAACUGAUGUGGCAUGGACAGGUGACGCUUUGUCGAGCUGUGGGACAGACUGCAAAGCAAGCUGGACAGCCGUAACCCACGGUACAUGGGACCUUGACAGAGGCAGCCACGGGGUGAGCAUCGCUGUGGCCUCGCCCCAAAAGGAACAGCAGAUGUUCAGGAAGGCCUCUUCGAGUUAAAGACUUAAGUCAGUGAAGUUGAAGACAUUUAAGACAACAAUCAACUUGCCUGAACAAUCCAGAAAUUCCUACUUAUUCUUUAGCUCUCCCCAACCCUUCCGCACAAGACAGGAAAUUCAAAAACCGGAAUUUCAUUUCAGAUUAAUUUCAGAAAUGCCCAAAUAUGUUAAUUUUUCCCCAUGCUUUUGCUGAUAACAUCAAGCAGUUCAGUUCUUUUGGAAAGGUGGAGAACAGAUUCAUCUGACAUAUUUUUAGUUGAGACCAGGAUUGUAAAUAUUGCAUUGACUUGUUCAGAAUUCUGUGAAAAGAACUGAAUAUUCAGUCUCUAUUAUCCAGAACUCUCUCUCAACAUGUGGUUUAAUUUUCAAAUGAAGUGGUACUACCCCAUCAAUUUAACUUUCACUUAAAUAAAUUUCAUGUUUAAUGUGGCCAGCUUUCCAAAAACUUGCUAAUUUAUUGCUUUCUCUACAAUUUAAAUGGAUGUAAAUAACUAAACUUGGACACAGUAUCCUCAACAUUUUUUAAUGAAGUGCUCAAGAACAGGUUAAGCACUGUAAUAAAAUUUCCCUUUUUUUUAAGCCA